UGACCGUGUAUGUUUGUGGGACUAAUUGAUUCUGGACUUCCAGCACGGUGAGGCCGCACAAAAGGGGGCCGGUCGUGCCUGGCACUAAGCUCAGGGUCCCGCUGUAUUGCGGGCGGGGAGCUCAGCUGCAGCACCGGGACCUCUGGGUCAGUAGGCAGGGGCGGGGAAGCCGCGGCCGCGCCCUCCUGGCCACUCCCCGGCCGGCGGUGGGUGGCGCGCACUUGCAUAUGUCCUCUGCGCCACCACGAUCGCCCACCCCGCGGGUCCCCAAGAUGAAGAAGGACGAGUCGUUCUUGGGCAAGUUGGGCGGCACACUGGCAAGGAGGAAGAAGACCAGGGAGGUGACUGACUUACAGGAAGAAGGCAAGAGCGCCAUCAACUCUCCAAUGGCCCCGGCUUUGGUGGACGUUCACCCUGAAGAUACCCAGCUAGAGGAGAAUGAGGAGCGAACCAUGAUCGAUCCCACCUCUAGAGAAGACCCUAAGUUCAAGGAGUUGGUCAAGGUGCUUCUGGACUGGAUCAACGAUGUGCUGGCGGAGGAGCGCAUCAUCGUGAAGCAGCUGGAGGAGGACCUGUAUGAUGGCCAGGUGCUACAAAAACUUCUGGAAAAGCUGGCCCACUGCAAGCUGAAUGUGGCAGAGGUGACGCAGUCCGAGAUUGGGCAGAAGCAGAAGCUGCAGACAGUUCUGGAAGCCGUGCAGGACCUGCUUCGGCCCCACGGCUGGCCGCUGCGUUGGAGUGUGGACUCUAUCCACGGGAAGAACCUGGUGUCCAUUCUACACCUCCUUGUCUCCCUGGCCAUGCACUUCAGGGCCCCCAUCCACCUUCCUGAGCAUGUCACCGUGCAGGUGGUGGUCGUCCGGAAGCGGGAAGGCCUGCUGCACUCGAGCCACGUCUCAGAGGAGCUGACCACGACCACAGAGAUCAUGAUGGGCCGGUUUGAGCGGGAUGCCUUCGACACGCUUUUCGACCAUGCCCCGGACAAGCUCAACCUUGUGAAGAAGUCUCUCAUCACGUUUGUGAACAAACACCUGAAUAAGCUGAACUUGGAGGUGACUGACCUGGAGACCCAGUUUGCAGAUGGCGUGUACCUGGUUCUACUCCUGGGCCUCCUUGAAGACUACUUUGUCCCCCUUCACAACUUCUACCUGACUCCUGACAGCUUUGACCAGAAGGUGCACAAUGUGGCCUUUGCCUUUGAACUGAUGCUGGACGGAGGACUCAAGAAGCCCAAGGCACGCCCUGAAGAUGUGGUGAACCUGGACCUCAAGUCCACUCUGCGGGUCCUUUACACGCUGUUCACCAAGUACAAGGACAUGGAGUGACGGAGCAGCUGAUCCUUCAGGGACAAGUGCUAGGCAAGAAAAAUGGUGUCUCCAUCCAUGGUCCCUGAUUUCUCAGGAAACAUCUCCCCAGGGAGGCCCCAGGCUUCCCAGGCGCAGCUGUGUGAUGCCUCUGCUCUCUGCUCCCUGCCUGGUUUGGUUUUCAACCCUUUCCCGGCGUGGUUCCUUAGCUGGUUAGGUCUUGAGAACUUGGCUCUUCAAAUAUCCUCUCCUGUUUGAGGCCUCUCUUCCUCUUUUCCUCUGCCUCCCUCGAAAGAUGAAAAAGCUGGAGAGGGCUUCCACCUGUGCUCCAACCCACGGAGCAAUUACUGCAACAGCCCUGGCUCCAGGGACUCCGCCCCAUUUGUCCUCAGGAAUCCCCUGGGCUAGACUCUCCUUGGAAGCAGGGUCCCGUCUCAGUAAAAAAGAUCCUCUCAGUGUUUCACUCCUGAGCCUCAGAAAGUUUAGUCUCCACCCCCAUCCGCCUUGCGGUUUGCUGCUUUUAACUGACCUUUUGCGUGAACUCUCAGGACCCAGAAUACCUUGGGGCCCCAGGGCAGCUUGUACAGGGCACGUCUGGGUCUCUUGCUGGCUCCGAAUGUGCAGCUUGAGUCGGCUUGGAGUCGGAACCUUCCAUCUCUGAGGCCCUGUUAGGGAAUGGGCGCAUUUUUAGAGACUUUACAAGAGGGUGGGAAUCCAUUACGAGGGCUGCCUGACCACAGGCUACCGGCAGCCAGAAUUACAGAGGCGUGCGUCUGGCGGUUCUGGAGGCUGAGGGUAGGAGACAGAGGUGCUGGCAGGCUGCCUUUCUCUGCCUUCACACCGUUCCUCCUCCGCUAUUAGUCUCCUCUUCAUUCUGAAGUGGAACCAUCCCCUGUAUGACCUCGUUGAUCCCAUGAUAACUGCAAGGCCGCCGUCUCCAAAUGCAGUCUCCCUCCGACCAGCCAGGAGUGGGUUUGUGGACGUCUGAAAUGGCCACAUCCUCCUAGAUGCUGCUAUCCCCUGCAGCAUGGCCUAUUGCUCUUUCAAGGCUUCACCACUCACUCCCCUUGACUCUGGAGGUGGUGCUAUGGCUGGCUCCUUGUCUCAGGAAUCUUGCUUCUGGGGUUCACCCCCCUCUCACGUUCCUCCUGCCUCUCACCCGCUGUACAGCAGCAUUCAUGGCAGCUACCGGGAGCCUUCCUUUCCUGAUUCCCACCUUACCAUGAACCACGGCUGUGGGGUCAGGUGUUGCUACUGAACUGAACGCCAGCAGUGACGUUCCAGAAAACAGUUUAAUAUCUUCCCUUGGUUCCACUGUUGCUAAGCUGGGGACGGGGCUUGGAAUAGCUGCUCGGGUGGAGGAGGCUUCCCAGCAGGGGAGAGAGAGAUAAUUAAAACAGCAUUACCGUGUCUCCCUGUGGGAUGCGGUGACAUUAAAGAGCCACACUGACAAAAUACCCAGGACUGGAAGGUUCUGUGCUGCCUUCCUCGCGGGCAUCUGGAAGCUUCUGGGACUGUUUUGUUCUGCUCACAGGUGGUCUGGGGCAGGGAGCUUAGAUGCAAAGAGCUAUGGUGCUGAAGGGAGAGACAGAAUUGGUCUGGGAGGGGCAGUGGCUUCCUGGGAUUCCCUAUCUGGAGGACAUAAAUCCUGCUUGGAAUCCAAGCAGGCUCCUUUGCCUGAGGCAGGUCUUGGGAAGGCAGGGUUCCAGGAAGGCACUGUCACUGUGGAGCUGGCAUUCACACCAUAGCCUGGACAAAGGCGCCAAUAACUGAGAUGUGUAGGUCAACUUCAGGGCCACCCAUGUAAGGCAAGGCUUUCUUCAUAGAAAAAAGGGGAACCUCUGCCCAAAUGAUCUCAGGUAACCAGCGCCCAUCCCCCCAAACUUUCCCACAGUUCUCCCUGGGGGGGCCCCCUGGAAUAUAAAUACUUCCCUUUGAGCUGUUAAUUCAAGGACAUUCUGGAACCUUCUACUGCUUGGAUCUUCAUUCUCUUCUGAUAUUGUUGAGAGGUCUGGCCACUAAAACUGAUAGAAAUGCCAACAUCUGUCACUCCCAUGGGAUCUUGAGGAAGGACUGGCAGGUCUGCACCGCCUGGCCCCAGGUCUGCAGGCCAGGGCUGGCUUCCUCCCUUCUGUCCUGCACUGACUAGCACAUCCCCUCAGCUCUGCAGAUCUCUGUGGACCUGCAGGCAGCUCUUGUGUCCCCUUUGCACCCAGUUGUGCAAGCCCUGAUCUCAGGACCCCCUGCAUCCUUCCUCAUCGGUGACAAAGGGGGAUCUUACAUCCAAGCAGUCAAAUCCGUUAAGCCCCCAGUGUGACAGCGCUUUAUUGUCUUUUUAAUUGUUUGAAGCAAUGUGUCCUUUGGAUUUCUGGAUAUUAAAUAAAAACCACUAAACCCCC